UUAUUAUUAGAAUUAGAUUUUGGAAAAGUCAACUACAACCACAACAACAAGAACAAGAACAAGAACAACAGCAACAGAAGCAGAAAUGCCGCCGCAUCGCUGGACAGAUGAGACGCGUGACGCCACUUGCUACUAUGAUAAUGUGGCAACAGCAGCAGCUGGUGGCGCCUCCGAUGCGGAUGACGAUGACACCGAAGUGGAUGACGAGCGUCAAGCGCUCUGCGAAGCCGAUGUAGACGGCGACCGUCCGCUGAUACGAGCUGGCCAGACGGACCACAGCGGCAGCAGCAGCUGCGGCCUGCUGCAGUCGCGUCACAUCUUCGGGCUGAUGGGCUUUCUGGGCUUCGCUGUUGUCUAUGCCAUGCGCGUGAAUCUGUCGGUGGCCAUUGUGGCCAUGGUCAACCAAACGGCCAUUCCGCACAGCAACAGCUCCGUGUUGGCCAACGAUACGUGCCCGAUGCCGCCGGCUCCGACGCCGAACGGCUCCUUCUGGCAGUCCCUGUCCACGCCCGCUGAGGGCGAGUUCGUGUGGGACGAGGCGACGCAGGGCCUGGUGCUGGGCAGCUUCUUCUACGGUUACGUGCUGACCCAGGUGCCCGGUGGCCGCAUGGCCGAGCUGGUUGGCGGCAAACGCAUCUACGGCUACGGCGUGCUCAUCACGGCGAUAUUCACGCUGCUGACUCCGCUGGCUGCACACUGGAACCUGCCGCUGCUGGUGCUGGUGCGCGUCCUGGAGGGCAUGGGCGAGGGCGUCACCUAUCCUGCCAUGCACGCGAUGCUCGCCCACUGGAUACCACCGCUGGAGCGCAACAAGUUCGCCGCCGUCGUCUAUGCCGGCUCCAACAUUGGCACCGUCAUCUCCAUGCCGCUGACAGGCUGGCUCUGCUCGCAGAGGUUCCUGGGCGGCUGGCCGUCGGCGUUCUACAUCUUUGGACUGCUGGGCCUGGUGUGGUUCGUCUGCUGGAUGUACCUGGUGUACGACCGGCCCAGCGAGCAUCCGCGCAUCUCGCGCAAGGAGCGCGCCUACAUCGAACGCUCGCUGCAGCACGUACAGCAGCUGCAGCAGCACCAGCACCACCACCAUCACCAGCAGGUGGCGGACGAGGAUGUCCUGGAGGAUGAGCAUGAUGAGCCGGAGCCGGCGGCCAUUCAGGAGGAUGCCAUACCCUGGCGCUCGCUGCUCGGCAGCGUUCCGCUGUGGGCCAUUCUGCUGACGCAGUGCGGCCAGAGCUGGGCGUUCUACACACAGCUAACGGAGCUGCCCACCUACAUGAGCAACAUCCUCCACUUUGACAUCCAGUCGAAUGCCCUGCUCAAUGCCGUGCCGUAUCUGACCGCCUGGUUCGUGGGCAUCGCCUGCUCCGCCCUGGCGGACUGGAUGCUCGCCCGUCGCUACAUCUCCCUGCUGAACUCGUACAAGCUGUGGAACAGCAUCGCCUCGGUGGUGCCGUCGCUGGGUCUGAUUGGCAUCAUCUACGUGGGCUGCGACUGGGUCUGGGUCACCUUCAUGCUGGCCGGCGUGGGCUCGUUCGGAGGCGCCGUCUACGCGGGCAAUCAGAUGAAUCACAUUGCGCUCAGUCCCCGCUAUGCGGGCACCAUGUACGGCAUCACCAACUCCGCGGCGAACAUUUGCGGAUUCCUCGCGCCGUAUGUCAUCGGAUUGAUAAUCAACCAUCGGGAGACGCUCACCCAGUGGCACAUUGUCUUCUGGCUGGCAGCUGGCCUCAAUAUUGCCGGCAAUUUCAUUUACCUGAUCUUCGCCAGCGCCGAUGAGCAGAAAUGGUCCCUGACCCAGACCCAGACCGAGACCCAGACACGGACACGGACACGAGCACGGACUUCAGGAGCCACUCGACCUUUGCGCAUCUAGCGACGGCUCCGAGCGCCCAACAGCUGCACAAAGUCGAAUCGCUUUAAAUUAGUUAGGGCAUAAGCAUGUGUGAUAAUUCCGUGUGGAAUAAUUUCUUAAGUUCCCA